AGCAAGCGGGCCGCUUCCUCUCUCAUCCACGCUUCUCUCUCUGCGGACGCUGUUCGGGGGAGAACGUUUUCCCCGGAGAGCGGUGUUGCUCUGAACUCAGGGCCCCGUUGGCUCGAUCGGCGUCCGAGCCCCUGUGCCAAACGACUCUGUCUCCCUGAAACCUGCUGCCGCCCCAGAGGUGCUGGCGGCAGGCACAGGUCCCUGAGGUGGAGGCCAAAGCUCUCGGGGUGGGUGACCCUUCGCCAGCCUCUGACGGAAGGCUUUUUGGCUGUCGGGGAAACCGGAGCUGACUGGGCCUCCUCCGUGAUGCUCCUUCAUGGAGCCGAGGCGUUCGCGCCUUGCUCUGUGCCUCUAGGUGUCAGGACUACCUCUCUCCUCACGGGACUGAGUGUGGCGUGCGGGGCAACUGCGUGGUCCCGAAGUGCUCCCGUGGCACUUCUUUGGGCCUCCCACCCCACCCCCGACCGCACCGGCCCCCGGCCCGUCUGGGGCAGGCCUCCCUGCUCAGGGCGCCUCCAAGGAUGUAUGGAUGCCCCAAGGAGGGCGUCGCCGUCCUGUCCUCUCUGCGAGACGGAUAUGCAGCCCGGUGCUAUUCUAGUGCUUGCUCCGGGGGAGGGGGCCGACCGACGGCGAGGGUCCGGUGAGAGAAGCGGGGCUGCUGUCAGAAGGACUCCCGCGCCAUCAGUCCUGGAGUGUGUGUGUUCUGCUGUGGGUUCCGCGGUCACGGUAGCAGCCGGACGGAGCCGGGUUCGCCGCCCUUGUGCGGGGCUCCUGGGAGGCCGAGGGAAGGGGCCGCCUUGUCGGUUGUCCGGCGACCCGACGGCUGGGAGCCUGCCUCAGGCUUCAACAGCAAGACGCGGGCGCGGCUCUUUCUCGCUUCGGAAGAGAGGCAUGCACGCGAAAGGCAGCUCGGCUCCAAGCUUCACUCAUGGAGGUAAGGCGCUGGUUCUCUCACGUGUUGUGCAGGCUCGGGUUGGGGAAGGCAUCCUCCGUGGAGCGAUGUGGGCAGGGAUGGCGUGGCCAUCCCACACCGACUUCUUUCUCACAGGGGCGGCAGAGGGACGUCACCUCAGGCGUUCACACACACUCUGA